GGCUUGAGACGUACAGAUCUCUGGAGAGGCACUGAGAGGAAUUUUCAUGAAAUUCUAGACACCAAGAAGAAUAUUAUAUUAUGUAAGAUGUUGGUUGGAGUCUUCUCACGAGAACCGGAAAGCACCUAUAAAUGGUUAAUUAAUUUCCUUUUGGAACUGCCAGACGUCAAGGAUGUCCGACCUGUUUAUAUCAACAAUAACAGCUCUCAGAACUUUAAUGAUGAAGUUGCCAAGUGUUCAUUUGCCAUCCUGUAUCACUCACUGAACAGAGGAAAGAUUAAUGUCACUAAUGUGACAGAUUCUAUCUAUGACAGGGAACUGGAUUAUUUGUCAAAUACAAAAGACAGGGAGAAGAUUCUGGUGGUGAUUGAUGAUGUUGAUGACAGCAGUGAUCUUGAGAGAGCCCGUAUCCUUCAGACACAGCCCAGUAUCGGGAGACUAGCCGGAGAUCUCUUCCUCUUCUCAAAAGCAGAAAAAGCCUGUCUUAGAUCUAGUGGUUCUCGUACAAAUGGAUCCAUUGGACUGCAGAACCUAAACGCUGCUGACACAUUGAAUGAAAAGUUAACGAGCAUGAAAAGAAUUUUAAAAGGGAAAAGGACAGGUGGAUUUUCAUACAAUGACAACUUUACUGGAGGAACAGACUCUUCAUUUUCGGGAAACACUGGUGCCUUUUCUGGAACUCGCAACAACAGUUUAUGGGAGAUGCACCGUCCUUGGCUUUUCCCUCUUUUGGUCAUUCUCUUAGUGUUAUUGGUGGUGGUAAUUGCGGUGCCACUCAGUACCAAGUACCCAGAGUAUGUUGGUUCUACAACACCAUUUACCACGUCUCCACCAGAACAUAACUCAACAACAGCAUCAAUUGCAUCUUCAACUUCAGUACAUGUGACCUCAAGAACAGAACAUAUCACAGUUACAGGAAGCAGCAGCUUAAAGACAGAAACCACCAGCUCAAGUCCUGAACACUCAACCACUUCCGGAAUCAACACAACCAGUUAUAAACACCCAACAGAUGUUUCUGCACACUCUACAGCUACAUCUGAAAGUUCCACAACUGCUACUACACACUCUACAGCUACAUCUAAAAGUUCCACAACUGCUACUACACAUUCUGUGUCUGACAGUUCUACAGUGACUAAAUUCACUGAAACAAGUUCUGAAACCACUUCAACAAAAAAAAAAAAAAAUAUAGAAUAAGAAAAUAAUAAUGAAAGAGAAAAAUCUAUGGAAAUUUGUAAAUUAUUAACAAACUUACGCCUAGAUUAUGAGUUUUGUGUUAGAGGCUGUGCGGUGCUAAUGAGCAGUUUAUGCUUACCCCUCACUUACAGACAGCGCUGGUAUUACAUGUUUUUAAAACCCGGCGUUAACCACAAAUAAGUGAGCGAAGAGCAAAAUUUUGCUCCACAUCUCACCUCAAUACCAGCGCUGCUUACGUUAGCAGUGAGCUGGUAAAACGUGCUCGUGUACGAUUUCCCCAUAGGAAUCAAUGGGGGGGAGCCGGCUGAAAAAAAACCUAACACCUGCAAAAAAGCAGCAUAAAGCUCCUAACGCAGCCCUAUUGAUUCCUAUGGGGAAAUACAUUUAUGUCUACACCUAACACCCUAACAUGAACCCUGAGUCUAAACACCCCUAAUCUUACACUUAUUAACCAAUAAUCUGCCGCCCCCGACAUCGCCGACACCUACAUUAUAUUAUUAACCCCUAAUCUGCCGCUCCGGACACCGCCGCCACCUACAUUAUACUUAUGAACCCCUAAUCUGCUGCCCCCAACAUCGCCGACACCUACAUUAUAUUUAUUAACCCCUAAUCUGCAGCCUCCAAUGUCGCCGUAACCUAACUACACUUAUUAACCCCUAAUCUGCCGCCCCCAACGUCGCCACCACUAUAAUAAACAUAUUAACCCCUAAACCGCCGCACUUCCACAUCGAAAACAUUAGUUAAAUAUUAUUAACCCCUAAUCUGCUGUCCCUAACAUUGCCGACACUGACCUACAUUUAUUAACCCCUAAUCUGCCGCACCCAACGUCGCCGCCACUAUAUUAAAGUUAUUAACCCCUAAACCUAAUUCUAACCCU